UUGAAAAAUUUUCUUAUCAAAAUUAUAGACAAAAUUUACAGCAAUUCACAAAUAACUAUCUAUCAAGGUUUCAAAAUUCUUUCCACUUACCUACAAUUCAAGCUUGUUUUUUCCAAACUUAAAAAAAUCCAUCAAACUUUUAAAAUACAACAGAGAGCUACUGCGUAUCAAUAUGAGAGAAUGUGUGUCAGUACAUAUAGGUCAGGCUGGAGUACAGAUGGGCAAUGCCAUUUGGGACCUAUUCUGUCUGGAGCAUCAGAUCGACCAAGAUGGCAAACCAGCAAAUCCGGAGUCAAAACCUCCUUUCACAGAGGAUUAUGAACUGAACGCAUUCUUCCAGAAGACUGCCAAGGAUAAAUUAGUUCCAAGGGCUAUAUUUGUUGAUCUAGAGCCAAGUGUUAUAGAUUCAAUCCGCUCGGGCCCCCAAAGACGGCUCUUCAACGGCAACUGGUUACUCUCAGGCAGUGAAGACGCAGCCAACAAUUUCGCUCGCGGCUUCCGCACAGUCGGCUCCAGCAUGUUGCACCAACUUUGCAACAAGUUGCGGCGCAUAACGGAGUGUUGCAACAGUUUGCAGGGGUUUGUUGUGUAUCACAGCUUUGGUGGUGGAACAGGUUCGGGGCUGACUGCAUCACUUAUGGAGGAGUAGCG